AUGGCGGGCCGCGCAGAGCGACAGCAGCGCUGUCGAGAGGAAGCUACAGGACAAGAUCGUUACACAGUCGUGGUGGGCAGCGGCGAAGAGUCGACAAGGUUGGAGAUCAGCGUCGACUCAGGGAGCAAUGUCGCCGUAUUGCGACAAGUUAUAGCAGAAAGCUUGGAGGAGCUUGACAGCACGAAGUACUACAACCUUAGCAACGAUCCUGGACGUGUGCAGGUCGCAGUUCAGCCCGCUAUGUGGCUCAGCUCCUUCACUGUUAUUGCACGCGAGCACCGUCAUAUGGUGCAGGCUGCCAUCUGCAAAGAUGGCUGCUCGGACUUGAUCCAGAAUGAUAGAAACCUUUUGGCUACCUUCAACCAGCUUUCAAAGAGGAUUGUCCACGACACACUCGACGAGCAGUGGAUUCAAACGCCAGAGUUCUUCGAUGUGCUUUGUUUCGUUGAAGCGCUGAGAACAGGCUACAACCCUAUGCCUGAAGUUACCCGUGGAUCACGUGAACCGGGUGAGCAAGGCGUGCCCUUGGAAGAAAUACUGGAGGAAGUGGACCGGGCCAUGAAAGAGCCAGGUGCAACUCUUCGAACUGUUUGUGAAGCUCUCUGGAGUGAGUAUGAAUGA